AUAGAGGCAUAUAACAGAAGAGAGAAGUGCAAGGCUCUGCAAAUUUUGAGAAGCGGUGGUUAAUGGCGGAAUUCCGGUGACUCGCUGGCUGUUGCGGUUUAGGGAGGUGUUAUCUGUGAUUUUGUUUACAUGAGAGAGAAGAAAGAAGAAGCUCAUGGAUAGAACCAGAGAAUCCAGAAGACCAUCCAUGGCCUCCUCCACCCGACGCAGACAUCGAACUAUUGCUCUCAGAGACUCUUCCGAGGAAGGAGCUGUGGAGUUGAGGGAAGGUGUUAAUAAGAGAGGAAGGAAUCCAGAUAGGGAUAGGGAUUCGGUGAACAGGAGCAAGCGGAGGAGAGGCUCUCACUCGCAAAGCACCGAAGAGAGCGUUGGAAACGAACAAGACGAUGAUGUUGUAGACGUUGGCGUUUCUAAGAUCCGUUCUCCUAAUAAUCCGACGUCGUUGUCCUCCGAUCAGAACCAUCGCCGGGUCUUCACGCCGUCGAAACCGCCUCCGUUUAAAAUAACGGAGGAGAUGAUCGGCGUGACUGUUCCCAGGAAGGCUCGUUCAGCUUCUGCGAAAAGGUCUCAUGAAAGUUUGGUCUCAGCAAGUAGCGGCGGCGGGGAGGAGCAGAAUUUCCGGCAACGGUCGGAUUCCCCCGGAGGAAUGAGUGUUGAAGCGGCCUCGCCUUCUUCUUCGAAUGUUUCUCUUAGGAAGAAGAUGAAAGAGAUUGAAGUUGUUCCUAAGGCAUCAACAUCGUCUUCCUCAGACAUCGAGAUUGAGAUAGCUGAGCUACUGUACGGCUUGAAGACUUCAAAGAAUCACGAAUCUUCUUCGGAAAAGCCUGAAGCAGGUGUCAAUCACCGCAACGCCACUAUACCUUGCCCCUCUAAGGAUGUUGAGAAAAAGAAAAUGGAAGAUGACAACAAUUAUUCCACCGCGGUUUCGAAUAAUUCAAGUGAAGAGUUAGUAAGGAUUCAGAUUGAGCAACCUACUGAUGUGAAUUGUCACGAUCGUCCAUCAUCAGAGGCCCCGAUAGAGGGUAUAGGGGAAGACAACAUGAAAUCUGGUGCUGGGUUUGGGGAUGCUUCUGUGAAUGGAAGAUCGGUUUUCCCUUCAAAGAAAUCGCCGUCGCACAUCAAGUUGGAUUACGAUAAACAAGAAUGGGCUUCAAACAGAGUGAUCUCGGUUGUUGCAGAGGGCAACACCCAGCGAGUAGGCAAGUUGGAGAUAGAUCUGAUGGCUCCUCCUCCUAUGGCGCUUUCCCCGGAACGGGAUGAAUUGUCAUCAGAAACUAAAGCUUUGGCACUGGAUGCGGAAAUGAAUGGAAAUAGUGUCAAGUUGGAAACACCGGUUAAGAAGGGGAAAACACCGGAAGAAAUUCAAAAGGCGAAAAUGGUCGCAUUUAAGGAGAAGUUGGAUGUGUUAAAGCACGAUUUGGAGAAGCCAAGCGAUGGCGAUAAGACAAACAACAAAUUAGAAGAGAAGGAUAGGAACAAGGAAUUGCUUACCGUAUCAUCAAAUCCCAAAGUAGAGAAAACCGUUCAAUCUACUUCAAUGCCUUUAUCAACAGCUGAAUCAGGACGGUGCAGCAGUCUCCCUCCCAUUGGAUAUAAGCCGCUCUCGGAGCCAGUUGUGAAGACGGAGAAAACCAUAAGAUCAUUGACACAGCAGCAUGUGAAUUUUGUCCUCUCUCAAAGACAACCGAAGAGAUGUGCAACACAUUACUACAUUGCUUGUAACAUCUUACACCAGCAGUUUACAAAGACGAAACCCCCGUUGCCAGCAGCUACUGGCUCUGGUUCUCCGUGUGGCACAAAACCCAACAAAGUCAACUGUGUGCCCUCUGCAGAAAGUAUGGCCGUUGGGAAGCAAUCUCAAAAACACUUGCCAAUUGUAAACCAGAAUUCUGAACAAGAUAAAGGUUGGGCCGCCACCAGUAAUCCCAGUGUUACCGCAUCCAAAUGUUCUAAUAAUGCCAAUCCAAUGGAUUCAACUCAUAGGGUGCAGCUUGUGUUCCAGCAUGGUCCCAAUCCUGGGCCACCUGGCAAUCUAGUGCAUGGCCCUGCUUUCUUGUACCCUCCAGGGCAGCAUCAAGCUUCAGUUACGGCAACUACUAAUCAGGCAGGAGCUGUGAAUUCCCCUAAUAGCACUUCCUCGUAUAAUAUAUCCCAUAGCUCAGUAGGCGGGUCUCUUGGUACCUCCUCAACUUUGCCAGUGGUAGCUCCUGCAAUGAGCUUUAGCUACCCAAAUUUUUCAGCCAAUGGCUCCUCUCCGUAUAUGACAAUAGUUCACAAUAAUGGGUAUUCAUUUCCUUUCUCAACUUCUCUUGGAGCAGCUGCGACAAUCAGAGGUGCAAGUCCUCCGCAAGCAACACAUGUAAUCAGUGGGCCUUUCUACUCUUCUCAAACGUUCCAUCCACUUCAGCAUCCUCAGUCACAAGCACUGGUACAACCAAGUUAUCUUAAUGCAAGCACAUCAAGCAGUUCAUCAUCUCAUAAACAGCCACAAGUUAAUGGCAGUAAUAUUUUGACAUCUACAACUAUGGAGCAGCAGUCACAAAAGCGACAGACCUCACUCUCUCAUCUACGCAAGCAUGAGACUGAGACAGGUGGAGGUAAUGCACAUUCUGUUGCUACUCGAACAUCUUUCCCUCCGAAGACUGUGCAUGGGCAGAACUUUACAAUUCCAGUUCAGCCAGUGAACUAUUCUUUUAAGCCAUCUGCAACAUCAGAUAUUGUUGUUGGCAAUAGUGGAAGUUUUGGUGACAAGCAACAGCAGCAGCAGCAGCAGGCUUUAAAAGGAGGGGUGGAGAAUAUACCAUCUCAAGCAUUUGCAAUAUCAUUUGCUGCAUUUAAUGGGACCAGUGUUCCUUCAAACCUUAACUUCUCAUCCAUGGCACAGAAUCCUGUGAUACUUCACAGUGUGCCGGAUAUUGCAUGGCAAGGGUAUCAAGCUGCAAGCUCAACUCAGACUACUCAACAGAUGAAUUAUUCAAUUACUGAAACGAAGAGUGGAGGAAAUUCUUCGCACCAAGAAGAUGAAAAGAAAAUUGCAAAUGCUAAGUCUUCAAGCAACGGACCAACCACCCUUGUUUUUGAUAAUUCAUCCAAGAAUCUUAACUUCAUGUUAUCUACUGCCAAUGGAAACUGGACUAGUCAACCUGUUGCUUCAACUUCAAUAACAAGUGUGCCUCUUUCAAGUAGUGCUUCAAGUUCUCAACAGCCACAGCAUUCGCAUCAGCUUUCAAAGCAGCAUGCUGGGCAACAGCAGCAACCCACUCCGGCAAAUCGAUACAAAGCAUCAUCCACUAAUAGCACCCCUGGUCCUGCUACAAAAUUUGCAAACAAUGCCCCUGUUUUCUCACAAACUCUUACUCAAUGCAAAAGUUCUAGCCAAGCUUCUCACGCUAAGGCCUCGGGUAGAACUUCAGAUUCUCAUACUCAUCUCUCAUCUAUCAUGACACCCAAUGCUCCAACCUUCAAGAGUUUUUCUCAGGAACAAGGGAGAAUUUUGUCCGGUCAUAUGCAAAUUUCUUUUGGUGGAAAUUACAUAACUUCCCUGCCACCCCAAGGGCAACAAGUACUCAGUGGCAACCAGCCUAUGUGUACACCACCUCAAGGAAAUAUUAAGUCAAAUUCGGAAGGAAGUAAAAUUGGUUCGUCAGUCAACGCUUCACAAUUUCAACAAGCUGAAAAUUCUGCUGGGAGUGGCCAAAAAUCUUCUCCAGUUUGUGGGAGAAAUGUCCCAUCAAUAUUAAGCUCAUGCACCAGCCACCUAUCAGAGCUAAAAUAUUAGUCACCACAUCAUUUUGCUGCACAAGGAAUUAUCUACAAUUAUACUCCUAUUUGGUAAUCAUCAUAUAUUUUGGAGGUCCUUGCUGCUCUUCUUAAUGUUUAAAGGUGUAUUUCAUGGGUUUUGUUACCGCCCUUGUGGUUUUGGUACGAAUGGUCAUGUCAGCUGCCAGGUGCUUGUAUAAAAGCGAUGCUGUCAUUUGAACAUCACUUAUUGUGAGAGGGCAUGCGGUAUGACAUUUGCUGGUGGGACACAAAGGAGUGGAUAAUGGAAGGAAGUUGGGAUCCAUUAGGCCUGCAAUUUUGAAACAGUAGGUAGCAUUAUCUUGUCAAAUUUCCUGGUUGGUUAGCUUCUGGAAGGCCUUCAAGUUCUCAUGGGAUCUAAUUAAGUUGACACAUUAAGGGAAUUCUAUAUAUGUGUAUAUAUAUUAAUGAUUUUUUUAGCUCCCAUAGCAAAAGAUGUACUUAAAUUCAUUUUUAAUGAAAAAACCUGCAGUUGUUUCUCUUUA